CUGGAUAUGUGGUCCAUCGUUGUUUUUUAUGCUAUUUUUCUUCUGCAUUCUACUGUUGCCGAGGAAUGCGGCUACAGCCUCUGUCCGUCAACAAAAGACGACUACAUCAAUGUGCACAUCAUACCACACACUCACGACGAUGUUGGUUGGUUAAAAAAUAUUGAUCAGUACUACUUCGGUGACGCAACCUGGUACCAAACGGCCGGAGUACAGUAUAUUCUGGAUUCUGUGAUGCAGGCUCUGUCAAUUAACCCCGAAAGGAAAUUCACCUACGUUGAGAUGGCCUUCUUUGAGCGUUGGUGGCGAAUGCAGAAUUCGGCGAUGCGAGAGCUGGUUCACCAACUCGUUCGAAACGGUCAGCUGGAAUUCGCGCUAGGUGGUUGGACUAUGAACGACGAAGCAGUGGUGCACUACGGUGACUCCAUCGACCAAUUGACCAGAGGUCUGGCGUUUCUCAACGCCACCUUCGGUGAGUGCGGCAGACCACGCGUGGCCUGGCAGAUCGAUCCAUUCGGCCACGCGAGGGAGCAGGCUCGUGUCUUCCUCGACGCCGGCUUCGAUGGGGUCUUUUUCCAGAGAAUGGACUUCCGUGAGAAGCGCACUCGACUCAAGAACCGGGAGAUGGAGGUGCUGUGGCGGGCUGACCCUAGCGACAACACAACCGGCCUCUUCACUCACAUGCUCUACCAGAGCUACUGUUCACCGCCGGGCUUCUGUUUCGAUUCCAAAUGCAACGAUCCCCCCAUGGUAGUGGAUCCACUCGCCACCAACUACAAUGUGCCUUCGCGUGUCGCCCAGUUCCUCGAAUACGCUCGAUCUGUCGCCAGAAGCUACGCCACCAACCACAUCUUCGUGCCGAUGGGUUGUGACUUCACGUUUGAAAAUGCCAAUGAAAACUUCGUCAAUCUGGACAGGCUAAUUGAGCACGUGAAUGCCCAACAAAGGUCGACGGACAUGCCCGUUCGUUUGCUAUACUCCAGUCCAACGUGCUACACCAAGGCGGUGAAUGAUGCCUUCAACAAACGGGGCACGAUUCCCGAUCGUCAAGGCGACUUCUUCCCCUACGCCAGCGCCUCCAACACCUACUGGACUGGAUACUUCACCAGCCGACCAGCACAGAAGUACAUGGUGCGUCAGGCAUCGGGUCUCCUCUCUGCCUGUGAACAAGUAAUCAACCCAGAUGAUGUCGUAGACCACCUUCGACGGAUGAUGGGAGUUAUGCAACACCACGACGCGAUAACUGGUACUGAAAAACAACACGUCUCCGACGACUACCGACUGCGGCUAUUCAGCGCUAUGCGUGGUUGCCAAAAUCUUGUCGCGUCAGUUGCUGACACCCUAUUUGAUCGAACAGCGACAUUCCAGACUUGCGACGCUCUGAACGUCUCGGUGUGCAGUCCUGCCACCAGGAAAGACGACCUUCCCGACGCGAUCGUCGCGGUCUACACCCCCCUAGCGUGGGACGACUUCCAGCCGUGGAUGCGGCUUCCACUGCACGCUACGAAGGAACAAGCCGACGCCCAAUUCCGGCCAGCUGAUCGAGUCACCGAUGUGUACGCCUCUCUGCCCAAUCACCGAUGGAGCCGCAAAUUCUAUCUUCCUGUGUCAGAGGUACACCCCAUCGAAGCCAGCUACUAUCCCGUCGUGAAUCGCAUCAUGUUGAAGGGCACGGAGUACGCGUUCGCCGUCUACACUGAUAGGUCUGAGGGCGGAUCCAGUCUUGCCGAAGGCGAGGUGGAAUUAAUGCUGCACAGAGCCACCGUGUCUGACGACGGUCUGGGAGUUGGGGAGCCCCUAACGGAGCGUGUCUUUGGUCAAGGACUUGCAGUGAAGGGGGUGCACAGACUCCUGCUAGAUACACUGCCGAAUGUUGAGAGACUGGAUCCUCGAAUGGCACAGGAGGUUUCAAGGCCGCCAACCUUCCUCUUUCGUAACCGCGCGAAUGAGACCUUUGACGCGAACAAGAAAGUAUCACUUUUACACAAGGCCCUUCCACACGGUCUGCACUUGCUAACUGCCCAGCAAUGGAAGCAAUUUCUGGUGCGCCUCCAACACAUCGCUAUCCCCGGAGAUGGACCAAUCGAAUUCGACCUCAAGGACGCCUUUACGGUGGGCCGCGUUGUCGAGGCAACCGAACUCUCCUUGACAGCCAAUCAGUUGGCUUCAGCCGCUAGAGCAAACAGUAAACGGAGAUUCGAGGCGAGUUUGAAUGGCACCCUCCUCAAAAUCCAACCUGGUGAAAUCAAAACACUCCUUUUGAAAUUGGAGUGA